AUUUGUAGUUUGCACAAUUAUUAAGGCAUGGAAAGAAGGGGUAUGUUUAAGUAUUUUUUUACAAGUAUGCCCUUAUGGAAGACGAUGGACUAGAGCAGAAGAAACUGUAGUUCCAAGAUUUUUUUAAUGAAAAUUAUUAAGAACAUUUCUUACCUACUAGAUACGAUUCGCUCUUCUUAAAUAUUUGCUCGGCUAAGAUUGAGCUGUGCUCGUAUAUAUCCUACAAAGAGUGCCACAUCAUCAAUAAUAUUAACCCGUACAUAUAUAAAAAGUGACAACUGUGAUGAUUGUCUUUUUCAUUUGUCAAACUCUUUUGUUUAUCGGUCAUUUUAAUUUGUUUUUCAUUGAAUAUACGCUUGGUAUUUAUGCUUUCAGUGGAAAUUCUAGUAUUUAUUUUAAAUGAACAUGCUGUUCUGUAAGACAACUUAGACAAGUGACACAUGUAUACAUUGCUUAGUUAAAUGGUUCGUAUGAGCUCUCUUCUCUAUUUUUCUUAUUUAAUAUCCAAGUUAACAACAAAUGGCAUGAUCUAAGUAUCAUAAAUUUCGCAAUGGAUACAUGGACCUCAGGAAAUAAUAACUUAGACUUUAUGUAUCACUCAUCGUUAAUAUCUCUUAUUGUAUUGUUUGAGAUUUUCAAUAAAUCAUGGUACGGAGAAUGCAACUUGGUUUAGAGGAUUUGCUAGAAGUUAUGUUCUCAUUGAUAACACAUCCUGGGGGCUCGUGGUAGAGAAAUACACCAGAUACAUGAAUUGGGUGAGGACGGCGUGGAUAUGGUUCUGCACUCGGGGAAACAUCGAAAUGUAAGAGGAUGUUGGAAGGAAAUAGGCGCUUCCAUACCGUAUAGGCCUACCGAAGCAGUAUAUCAGAGAGCACAUACUUUGUUUACGAGGGAUGAAUCACGGAAGUGGACUGAGGAUGAAAAAGCGUUUGUCUUAAAGUAUUAUGAAAAGCAUGGACCAGACUGGAAUACGAUGGCCGAAGUCCUUGGAAAGAAUCGAUAUCAUGUUAAGGAUACAUGGCGUCGGAUAUAUCGUACGGGUCUUAGAAAGGGUAAGUGGACUCAAGAGGAGUAUCAGUCCUUGUUUAAUUUAGUAAACAUGGAUUUGCGAAUGCAUGUGUGCGAGGAAAAGAAAUUAAAGCAUGGCAUGAUACGUGACAAUAUCGGUUGGCAAGCAAUUAGUAAGAGUUUAGCUACCCGGACAGAUAUGGAUUGCUGUACCAAAUGGUAUAAACAAUUAUCAUCAUCCAUGGUGAAAGAAGAAAAAUGGGCCGACGUAGACGAUUAUUGGUUGCUGGAUGAACUUCUUAGGCUGGAUGCUUGCUGUGUUGAAGAUGUUGACUGGGAUAAUCUUCUGGAGCAUAGGCCUGGAGAUAUAACUCUUAAACGUUGGAGACAGAUGGUAAAUCACAUUGGUAUACAUGGACUGCUUUCCUUCGCAGAACAAGUAGAAGUGCUCGCCAAGCGCUAUUGUCCUGAGCUACUUGAAGUCAGAGAAGCUCUUGACAGCAGACCUGUGGUUGAUUGAGGUGUGGAUGUAGGAGGUGCCGGCUCAACAGAGAAGAUGGCAGAAAGUCCAGCCCAGAACAAAAGGACUACUCUCUACAGACUAAAUUGGUGCUUAAAAACAUUUAUUUGAUUCUCAUAGUUCCAUAUGUCUGAAGUAGUUUUUAUGUACUUGGUGAGGCAAUUAAAUGUUACAUAGUUGAAACCACUGUGGUCUGACACUGAAAAACUGUCAAUGGACAAAAUUCAUCAACACCUGUAUUUCAGGUUACUUGUGAAUUAACCUUUUAU